AUGGCCGGGACCUGGCUGCUGCUUCUCCUGGCCCUCGGAUGUCCAGCCCUGCCCACAGAUCCUCCGGUGUCCAUUCCUGCAUCCUGGGUGGUAACCACCCUCCUGAGGCUGGCACGACCAGGUGUGGGGGGCACACCGUUCCCCUCUCUGGCCCCGCCAAUCACGCUGCUGGUGGACGGGAAGCAGCAGACACUGGUGGUCUGCCUGGUCCUCGAUGUUGCACCCCCAGGCUUUGGGGGCCCCAUUUGGUUCUCCGCUGGCAAUGGCAGCUCCCUGGACGCUUUCACCUACGGCCCUUCCCCAGAGGCUGACGGCACCUGGACUAGCUUGGCCCAGCUCUCUCUGCCCUCCGAGGAGCUGGCAGCCUGGGAAAACUUGGUCUGCCACACAGGGCCCGAGGCUGGCGACCGCAGCCAGAGCACACGGCCCCUACAGCUGUCAGGAGAGGCUUCCUCAGCCAGGACCUGCCUCUGGGAGCAUCUCAGGGGGACGCGGGGCCAGGCCCUGCGGCUGGGGGCGCUGCGGCUGCUGCUCUUCAAGCUGCUGCUGUUGGACGUGCUCCUGACCUGCAGCCGCCUCCGCGCCCCGCCUUCCGCCCUGGGGGACCCCGGGCUCCCCGCGCCCCCCACCUGCCCGCAGGCGCCCGGCGAUCUCCCGCAGCCUCCGCCCGCGGGCGGGCCCUCAGCCCCCGCCGCCUGGAUUGGCUGCUCCAGGCAUGAGAAGAGACCUCCACUCUGUCUCCUCAACCUGGCCCAGCUUCUGAGUGAAGUGACGUGCAAGGAGGCGGAGAAGGCCGAGAAGACUGCCUUCCGCACCUCUACCAGAAUUCAAGAGUCGGACCUCCCAUUCAAGGGCCAGACCGCUGCUUCCCGCCUCCGCGUCCUGUCCUCCAGGCCCUCCCAGAACAUCCGUUAG